UCAUUAAUUAUGCGAUCGUUUUGCCCGCUGCAUCGGUGUAAUCUUCCGCGGUGAGUAGAUAGUUCAUUGUAAACAUCCCUGUAUAUUUAAAUAUUAUGCAACUGAUUUUGCGCAUAGUUAAAGAAGAUUUAAAAUUUUGUGAUAGUAUAGCCAGUAAAAUACAUGCUUCAUAAAUUAAAGAAUUUUCGCAGCUGUAUUAUACGUGAAAGACCAAAUACAGUACGUGAAAAAGGCUCUAAUUGGAGCAGCCGAAGUGUAGUCUCCAUGAUUUGCUGUCCUUCAGCAAGGAUUUAGAACAUCGCAAUUUUUGAGCAUUAAAGAAUAUAUUCAUCUAUUUAAGGUUGUUGUCGGUUAUAUUAAAAAAAAUUGCUUAUAUUGCACCUUAAACUAAUUUUUUAAGGCUUUAUCUGGUAACAUUACCGCGCUUAUCAAACAAUUGAUAUUUUUGAUGCAUAUGUUUUAUAAUUUUUAUUUGAAAUUUAUUCUAGAGAAUAUUCUGUAUGUUUACAUCGUUAGGGAGAUUUAUAUGCAUACGUAUUCAAGUGUUAAUAUGUUGUUUUGCCAUUAAAAGCAUCCAAAAAUCGUCCCUAAUUUAUCUGCAUUGCAUCAAGGAUAUAAUCAAGACAUUGAGGUUUUUAUUGUUCGAACUCAUGGGAGCAUCACGUUUCAGAUUGAUUGUGAUAUUUCUUUUGAAGUAAUCUUUUAAUUGCAUUGACGAGAGACCAGCAUCAUCAAGAAUGCCCAAACAGUUAUGUUGAUCAUGAUUUGGAAAAGUCGAUAUUAUCACUGUGUAAAACCAUCGCAAAACACUAAAGAGUAAUGUUAUGGCGUCUCAAGAUAUGACCCUUUCACCUUGUGAAGAAGAGGAAGUGAAUAGCUGUCAUCUCUGCCGGUCAAAACUAGAUCAACCUCGUGUUUUAUCGUGCCUGCACGUCUUUUGUGAAGAGUGUCUAAAAAAGAGACUUUCAAAAAAUGGCUUUGUGCAAAACUCUCUGGAAUGUCCCGACUGUGGACAGGAAACCAAACUUUCUGCAAAGGGAGUUCCAGGUUUACCAUUGGAUUACAUAGCUUGCAAUCGCAUCGAUCUAAAAGCAAUGGAGAAAACACAGAUUGUCUGCACCAGUUGUAAAGCUAAAGAAACUGCCGUUGCGCGAUGCACUGAGUGUGCAACAUUUCUUUGCCCAAACUGUGUUACUGCUCAUCAAUUCAUGAGAUGUUUUGAGAGCCACAAGGUGCUUUCUUUUGAUGAACUGAAAGGAGGUGGAGAAAACUUUACUACUAUCCAUAAACCUGUAACUUGUGCAUCUCAUCCUGAUGAAGUUAUGAAAUAUUACUGUCAUACAUGCCAUGCACCUAUAUGCAAUGAAUGCAUGAUAAUAGAUCAUAAACAGCCUGAGCAUUGUUACGAAAAAGCAGUAGAUGCUGAACCAAAACAGCGGGAGGAAUUAAAAAAUCUUAUUGAAGAAAGUAAAAGUAAAGUUCAGUUUUGUGAAGAAGCAACUACGAUGUUAGAUACUCAUUUGUCUGACCUUCAAAUGCAGCAUGACAGUGCUAAAUCUCACAUAGAAGAAACAUUCCACACAUACAAAGAAAUAUUAGAAAAGCAACAAGAGCAUGUAUUAAAAGAGUUGGAUUCUAUUCAUUCAUCUCAAGAGCUUCAAAUUAUGGAUACUUUUCACAAUGUUGAGAAGAUUAGUGAAAAAAUUGAUGAUGCUUGCAAAUUUGCUGAACGUUUGUUGAACCAUGGGAAUACAUUAGAAAUUUUAAGUUUGAUUCAUGUUGUUGGAACGCAGUUGCUUUCACUAAUAAAUAAUACUCCAAAACUUGAUAUCUCAGUCGGCAUUACUUUUGAAACGGAUGAAAAGAAAUUUGAAGCUGGUGUAAAGGAGACAUUUGGUCAUGUGAAAAAUCCGGAAACACCUCCCAAAAAAGAAGAUUCUCCUGUGUCUCAGAAAGCUUCUCCUAUGCAUUCCAGUUCAUCUUUCGAGAGUGAUGCCUUCAGUCUCUCUACUGGUGUUAUUACACCUGAUAAUCCGUUACCAACAUUAGAUGUUGAUCUUGCCAACAAUAUUGUUGCACAAUAUAAUUUGGCGCAACUAGCUGGAAUGGCUGAGAGAAGUAUUUCACAGAAUUCCUCUACAGCUACUCCACCUCCUAUCAACUUUGCAGAUCUUUUGAUUCCUACUACAGAAUCUGAAGUCACUGCUGCUCAGUUAAAUGCAAUAAAUAAUCUUACUGCUUUGGCAAAAAUGGGAUCUAUUUCUUUGAGUAAUAGUCAACCAGCUCUAAAUGGUCAACUUGUUUCUGGUUUAAAUAUGCACUCAAACACAUUGCCUAGUUCUCCUCCUCCUGGAAAUCAGGUUAUGAGAGUAAUUAGCACUCCAUCACCUAUUGAAGGUCUAGAAAGCCUUUUGGGAUCAAAUUCUAGAGUUGGCAGUCCUCUUAAUGGUCCUGUGAUGAAUGGGGGUUCAUUGCUUCCACAUGGAGUUCACAGUCCUCCUAUAUUACCACCUUCAGCAUUAUCUCCCAUGUCAAGUCAAACGUAUAAUCCUACACCUAGAAGUUCUUCAGUAAAACUAAGCACAAUGCAGAUUAGGUGUAAAUUUGGUCAACUAGGCCCUGGUAAAAGCCAGUUCAGUUCUCCCCAUGGAUUUUGUCUUGGGUUAGAUGAGGAAAUUAUAGUUGCUGAUACAAACAAUCAUCGCAUACAAGUUUUUGAAAAAACUGGUGAUUUUAAGUAUCAGUUUGGUGUUGCUGGAAAAGAAGAGGGUCAAUUAUGGUACCCAAGAAAGGUUGCUGUAAUUCGCAGCUCAGGUAAGUUUGUUGUAUGUGACCGUGGAAGUGAAAGAUCUAGAAUGCAGAUCUUUACAAAAACUGGACAUUUUCUGAAGAAGAUCGCCAUUCGCUACAUAGAUAUUGUUGCUGGUUUGGCUAUAACAAGUGAAGGUACUAUAGUUGCUGUGGAUAGUGUUGCACCUACAGUUUUUAUUAUAUCAGAAGCUGGAGACCUUCUGCAUUGGUUUGACUGCAGUGAAUACAUGAGAGAACCUUCUGACAUAGCAGUAUGUGCUAAAGAGUUUUAUAUAUGCGAUUUUAAAGGUCAUUGUGUAAUUGUCUUUUCAGAAAAAGGAAAAUUCUUGCGAAGAAUUGGCUGUGAAAAUGUCACUAAUUUUCCUAAUGGCAUUGAUAUCAGUGAUGCUGGAGAUGUUCUUGUCGGUGACAGUCAUGGCAAUCGUUUUCACAUUGUAGUCUUUUCAAGGCAAGGUACUUUGUUAUCUGAGUUUGAGUGUCCUUAUGUUAAAGUUAGUCGUUGCUGUGGUCUUAAAAUAACAACAGAAGGUUAUGUGGUUACACUAGCCAAAAAUAACCAUCAUGUUUUAGUUUUAAAUACUUUAUACAUUGUGUAAAAUUGCCUCUUCCGUAGACUACCUGUAGCUUUUGCUUAGGUAGCAUUACUUAUUUAAGAGCAUUUAGACUCGAUGUUUAUUUAAUGGCCAGAUUGUAGUUAUUGGAUUAUAGGAUUUAUAAAGCCAUAUCUUAACUGUCAAGUAUGCCAACUGCAUUAAUAUUAGACUACAAGGUUGCUAUGUAAUAGUUGAUCUCAUGAAAAUGUGUAGUGUAGCAUUUUGUAGUUGAUUCUGUCUAGGGUUUAUCUAUAGCAGCUACAUGUAAUGAGUGGACUGAGCUGCCUUUUGUACCAGUCUACAAUGUUAGAUAAAAGUAUAUACAUCAUGUAGUUCUUAGUUUAGCAUUGUUUUACACUUUGUCGUAGCAGAGUGAGUUGAGAGAAUUAUAUUUACACAUCUGUGAAGUAGCCUGUGAUAUAUAUACAUAUAUACAUAUAUAUAACACCUAAAAUUUACAACACAAUUGCUCACAAUAUUUGUUUCAAAUUCACUUUUAACGUUUUUCAGAUUGUUAUUUAAAGAUUAUUAAACAAAGUUAUUUUGUAGAAUGACAAUCUUGGCAUUGUGUCUACUGUGUUGAUGUAUCUACUUAGUGUUCAUAAUUAUAAAUGCUUGUACUUAAAUCUGAAACUUCUGCAUUGAAUUUUAAUGUGUGUAGUUAUUAGAGAUUUAGUUGUUUUAUUUUCCUGUUUUGUUUUAUCAUUUUAUUGAUUAUCCUUUGAUCUUCCAAAAUCAAGAAAAAAAAAAUCCUCUUUUUUAUUGUAGUUAUAUUUGUGCAUCUGUUUACGAAUACUUUGUAAUUAACUUUGUAUGACUGCUGAACCAAAUCAAGGUAGCAGUAGGUAUUUAUUAAUUUUAAGAUUAUAUUUUUUGUAUUAUCAUCCUAGUCUUUGGAAUGUUUAAUGCUGCGGCAAAGAGCAUAUUGUGUUGAUUGGCUGACAGCACUUCACUAGUGCCAACACUGUCUGCCUUAGAGUUUUCAAUAACGUUUAAUUGAAGAGAAAACUCCACUAAUUUUUAAAAUAAAAGUACUAAGAAAGUAUGGUUAAAUUUAUUUUUUGACAAAUUAAAAGCUGCUUCAUUAGGCAUUCCUGUGUGAAUGAGAGAAAUGGACUCGGAAUAUAUUCAGAACAAACUUCUAUGCACAAUAUGUGAGAAAACAUUGAAAUGUGUUUGUGUGCAUUCUGUUACAACUAGCUGGGCUGUUCCAAUGUGCUGGACUGUUCCAAGCUUGCUAACCAAAUGCUUAUGUAAUUGUUUAUUAUUAUAUGAGCAUUUUGUGUGUUUAUUUUUGUGUUAUUUUGAAAACCAUUUUCAUAUACAAUUGUAUUUAAUAUUUAUGUUGUUUUUUCUUUUCCUUUAUUUGAUCUUUUGAUUUCAGGUGUGACCAGGUUUAUGUCUCAUCAUGAAUUUUAAAGUUGUUUUUUAUGCUGUUAGCGUUUUCUCUUUUAUUUGAUGUGGAGGAAAAUAACCUUCACAACGUAUUUAUACAGAUAAAUAUCUCUACUUUUUGCAAUAGGCUCUUUAUUUCCAUUGCAAAGCAAACUAAUGAAACAAAUAUUUCACUCCUAUACUUUUAAUUUUAUGUUGCCUUUAUGUUUUGCCCAUUAAGACAUUCCAACAUAAAUUAAAAUUUUGAAGCUUUUAGUGCUUUACUAGUCUAGUCAAAUAGGCUGAAAUAUUUCAAUGAAACAAAGUAUGUGCAUAGUUUGGGUUGCCACCAAUUUUAAGACAAAAAGUUUGCUUUUAAAUUAUGUUUGCAAUGGUUUCAUCAUUGAAGUAUAUUUACCAAACUAUGCAAGUAAAGCUAUGCACUUGUAAAUAUAAAAGUUACAUGAAAUAUCUCACAAAUACUAUAUUUAAAAGUUGCUAAUGAAAUAAUGUUGUUAAAAUCUUCAUACGUUAUAAUUUUUACAUUUAUGGAGUGAAUACUGUAUGCUUUUAUGCGUUAUUGAGCUUCAGAAGUUCUGAGGCUUUUGAGUUAACUAGCUUUUGUAGAUAAAUGUGAUAAUUAAAGCUAAGUUCAAAUGUAAUUUACAAUCGAUUCAUUUAUAACUGCAUUUUUGAAUUUCAUUGCAAUUUACAACUUAAUUAAAAUAAGGAGCUUAAAAGCUGAUUUAUACAUACGAAAUGAAUUUUAGAUGAACUAAUUUAUUUUCAUUGCAAGUUUCGCGUAUACUGAAACUUCUGUAUGAAUUUUAGAUGAAGUAAUUUAUUUUCAUUGAAAGCGUCAUGUAUACUCAAACUUCUGUAAAAUCUGUUUCUUUUAUUAUAGAUGAACUAAUUUAAUACGAGAAAUUAUGAAAGUACUCAUUUUAGAAUAUAUUUUUGAGAGCUUUAAAGCUGAUUUGUGAAAUAAAAUAAAUGUAAUUUAAAGUAUGAAUGAAUUAUACAAUGUGUUUAUAAUUUUAAGUUUUGUAUGUUUGUAUAUGCCAUUAUUAAUUUUUAUUAUUGGUUAUAUAGUUUAAUUCUUAUUGUUAAUUAUUAUUAUACUGAUAAUUUUGAGCAUACUUAUUAUUCAAAUAUACAGUUUUCAUAAAUUUAUUUCAUUUUUUUUUCACAUUAACUGCAUUUCUUCAUUGCUCUUUAAUUUUCCCUAGUCUCUUAUGCCAUGCUGAUAUUAAAGGUGGCCACCUUUUCUAUGGACCAUUAUUUUAUCUUUUUUUUCUUAUAUUUCAAGGAUAUCAUUCAUGAUCUGGGAAAAAGUGCUUAUGCAUAUUCUUGCUUUAUUUCUAUAACUUCUUGUUCCUAUCACAAAAGUCUGCUUUUGAGGUGUAGAUCAUUAUGUAAAAUGUAUACAGAAUCCGUAAAAGAAAAUGUUCUAUCGAAACUGUUUCCUAUUUUGUUAAAUAUAAAUAUAAAUUUACCAAAAGGAAGCAAAAAGAGAAAAAAGCACCAAGUACCUUGUUAAAAGUUGAAAUCCCCCUUCUUAAGGCCUUUUUGUACUGAAAUGUUUUAAAUGAAUUCUUUAAAUGCAGUAUUUGCUACCUCUUGUUAAAGUUCAGAACUAUAUUAUAGCCAGUUUACAUUAUAUCAUGUAACCAGAGAUAUAUCUAUAUAUACAUAUAAUUUUUAUGCCUAUUAUAUAGAAUUUCUGACUUUAGAGUUGUCUUUCAUUAGAAUACCUGAAUAUACUAGUCUAAGGGCUUGAAUGUGUACAAAUUAAUUGAUUAUUAUUAAAAAAAAUUAUAUAGGGCACUAUAAAGCCAUUGUUUUUUCUUUUUUAAACUCUGUGAUGCUGUAGGUAGCUAGAGUAGGGUAGUGUUCCAAGAUGUAGUACUGAGUUUAUGUUUACUAAAAAUGCUAGUUAAUAUUGUAGGCUGUAAGAAUAUUGAGAACAGUAUUUGAUAUUAUGUUUUUUGUUUUACAACUUGCAACACUAUCUUAUUUAUUCUAGCUACUGUAGCUAUACAUCGUAUUUUUAUUAUCUUAAUAUACAAAAUGAAUUUUCGUAUUUUUUUUACUUACUAUGCAAUAUUUAUUUACCAUGACACAAAAUACAAGCAGAAAAUUUCUUAUUAUAUUUACGGAUUCUUCACAGAGGUGGCUUCCGUUUAUAUUUUUUUUCUCUUGAGGCAAUAUUUGAAAAAUUUGUUUAUAUUUCUGCUGUACUUGAAUUGUGGUAUUGAAUAAGGUUUCUGUUUGCCCAAUUCAAUACCACAUGUUAUCAUGCACUGUCCAUUUAUUGUCAGAGUUUACACUUUUUGAAGCUUAUGUAAUCUUGGUCCUUUUCCAAAGCACUAAGUAUUUGGUGCUGUUUUACAACCAUAUUGAUGGAGCAACCAUUUGUUAAUUGUGACUUCAAAUAAAAUAUAUAUAUAUAUAUAUUAUCUUUAUUGAUCAUGAGGAGUUAAAUUUUUGAAAAUGAUUUUGUGCCUAGAUUUUUUGCCAUAUAAUCAAUUGUACAUUAGUACAAAAUAAUUGAUCCCCUACAUUCUGGAUGUCUCAUUGUUGUUGGUAAUGCUGUUUUUUCUGUACUUCCGCAUAAUGAAUAUUCAAAAAUUAUGCACUUCAGGCUGUGUUUACUGAAAAAUCAAGGCAAUACAUCAGCAAUUGACAUUCAGGAGCUAGUGGGAUCUGGAGUAAGGUAUAUUGCAUUUACUUGUGCUAUUUUUGGAAAAGCGUAAUGGAUGAAGUUUGUAAUAAUGUUCCAUGUUCAAAAUAAAGGCUGUUGCAUUCUA